UCCAACCGUAGCUGGCUGCUCGAGAGUUGCCAUCGGAGUCGAUUGAACGCGAUCGAUGAGUCGAGAGGAGGGGCUGCAGCGGCGCUAUAGCAGGCUCGAGGAAGCCCUCGAGAUCAAGUCACUCCGUCGAAUCAUCAGCGCCUACAUCAAUUACGCUGAUGCCGCAGAGGAGGAUGUCAAGAGGUAUGAAAGGUCAUUUAGAAAGCUCUCUCGUGAGCAUAAGGGACUUCUUUCUCAUCUUCCGCUAAAAUUCCAAAGGUUUCGACGGUGUAUAUCCGCAAAUUCAUUUUUCAUCAUGAACAUGCUUCAGGCAUUUGAUCCUCCUUUUGACAUGAGUCAAGAUAUAGAUUUCGAUGGGCACAGUGAUAUAGGACGUUUUUCUAACGGUCAUCUCUGCACACAUGCUUCUCAUCAUAUGCAAGAUUACAGUGCCUAUGUGAAGGGGUCUGUUCCUGAGAGUAUAGACAUUGCUUCAGGGCCUGAGUUAUCUAGUUGCAGUGGAAGUUGUGAUCAAACUCCUUCAAAUAGAAAUAACGAGAAACAGGAGAUUUCCAGUGAAAGUUCUUGCAGUCUUGUUAUGAACAUGAACACACCAAAUGGAAACACAAAUUUGAUUGAUGAAAGUAUGGACAAAGUCAAACUUAUUUGUAAUCUCGAUGCUUCUCUCCAUGAUUCUACUCCAAAUGGAAAUAUGGCUUCUGUGUCAAAUGAUUGGAUGGAAACUUCUUUAAGGUUGAGUGUCCCUCUGGUUGAUGUGGAUAAGGUACGAUGCAUCAUAAGGAACAUUGUGAGAGAUUGGGCAGUGGAGGGUCAAAAGGAGCGUGAUCAAUGUUAUAAGCCUAUUCUCGAAGAGCUUAACCGCCUUUUUCCUGAUCGUUGCAAGGAAAGACCUCCCAGUUGCUUGGUACCUGGUGCUGGACUUGGAAGACUGGCUUUGGAGAUUUCUUGCCUAGGUUUUGUGAGUCAGGGCAAUGAGUUUUCUUAUUACAUGAUGAUCUGCUCGAGUUUCAUUCUCAACCAAACUGAAGCAGCCAAUCAGUGGAUAAUAUACCCCUGGAUUCACGGGAAUUGCAAUUCUCUAUCAGAUGAUGACCAGUUUCGUCCUAUCUCAUUUCCAGACAUUCAACCAGCAAGUGCAGGGAUCACUGAAGGAUUUUCUAUGUGUGGAGGUGAUUUCAUUGAGGUCUAUAAUGAUAUGGAUCAAGAAGGUGCUUGGGAUGCUGUGGUGACUUGCUUUUUCUUGGACACUGCACAUAACAUUGUUGAGUACAUUGAAAUUAUAUCAAAAGUUCUUAAAGAUGGGGGUGUCUGGAUCAACUUGGGUCCCUUGCUUUACCAUUUUGCAGAUUCAUGUGCACCUGAAGAGGAAAUGUCCAUCGAGAUCAGUCUAGAAGAUGCGAAGAAGGUUGCUUUACAGUAUGGGUUUGAGAUUGAGAUGGAGAAAAUCAUCGAGACAACGUAUACUGCAAAUCCUAGAUCUAUGAUGCAGAAUCAUUACUAUGCUGCCUUUUGGACUAUGAAGAAGAAACCAAGGACAUAAUUUGUAGCCUUUGAAAAGCUCACACUGGAGAAAACAUCUUU